AUGGCUUCUCAUCUCCAAUCAAGACGGAGCUUCGAUGAACUCCGGUGGGUCAUUCAGAUCCGCCAGACCCUCAGUGAGGAGGUCGAGGAUGAGACCGACCUUCCUGUCUCGAUCUUCAAUGUCCCGCAGGCCCUCAAGUCAAGCAACCCCGAGCUCUACACCCCGCAGCAGGUGGCAAUUGGGCCGUACCACCACUGGCGCCCGGAGCUAUACGAGAUGGAAAGGUACAAACUUGCAGCAGCCAAGAGGGUCCAGAAGAACCAUCAGCUUGGAGAUUUCAAGUUCCAGAACCUUGUGGAGCAGCUCAUAAAGCUUGAGGGCCUGGUCCGAGCCUGCUACCACAGGUACCUCGACUUCAAUGGGGAAACUCUGGGAUGGAUGAUGGCUAUCGACGCUUCCUUCCUACUCGAAUACCUCCAAGUCUAUGCAAUGAAGGAACGCAAGGCAUUGGUGAGGGCGUCAUCGAGAAUGUCGCACUUGGUUGAUUAUUCCAGGAGGAAAUCUGCUCACAGUGCCAUCCUAAAGGACAUCGCCAUGCUGGAGAAUCAAAUUCCAAUGUUUAUCCUCCGGAAGGUGUUGGAUUUUCAGCUGUGCUCAGUGGAGGAAUCGGAGAACAUGUCAGUGUCGAUGCUGAUGGGGUUGUCCAAGGAGCUGAGUCCAUUCAAGAUGAUGGAGGAACUUCCUAAAGUUAAGGUCUCUGACAGUGCGCACUUGCUCGACUUUUUGUACCGCAUAAUUGUGCCCAGAGAAGACCUACAAUCUGAGAUCAUUGAGGAUGAUCAUGAAGAGGCCGAAUCCAGAAACCGCGGAGAUGAGAAAUCUUUCUUGUGCAAAAAGUUGGUAGACUAUGUGAAGCAACUUUUGGAAGAUACCAGAAACCUGCUCUCGAAGCUGAACCGAGGACCGAUUCGAGUAAUCCUGAAACUUCCAUGGACAAUCAUAUCCAACCUUCCAGGGAUUUCAAUCCUGAAACAGCCGAUCGACUACUUGUUCUUCAAUGAGAGCAAAAAAGAUGAGAAAACCGAAAGUGACAACCCGAAUAGGCCCCCAUCAGUGGAGGAAAUCACAAUCCCAUCCGUGUCAGAGCUCUCCCAAUCUGGAGUCCGUUUUGUUCCGACCAACAGCAACCUCUUGAGCAUCAGUUUCGACCCAAAGUCAGAUACAUUCUACCUUCCUGUUAUUACCUUGGACAUAAACUCAGAGGUGAUCAUGAGAAAUAUUGUGGCGUACGAAGCGGCAAAUGCAUCCGGGCCAUUGGUAUUCACCCGAUACACGGAGCUAAUGAAUGGGAUCAUAGACACAGAAGAGGAUGCCAAGUACCUCAGGGAGAAAGGGAUCAUCCUGAACCAUUUGAAAAGUGAUCAGGAGGUGGCCGAUCUGUGGAAUGGAAUGAGCAAGUCUAUACAGCUGACCAAAGUGCCCUUCCUCGACAGGACAAUCGAGGAAGUGAACAAGUAUUACCAUGGCCGAUGGAAGGUCAAGAUCGGGAAAGUCCUCAAAAACUACGUGUUCGGGUCGUGGCAGUUCCUUAUUUUCUUGGCUGCGAUCAUGAUCUUCGCCCUACUUACACUACUGGCAUUCUGCUCUCUCUACAGCUACGCUCGAAUAUUUCGCAUCAACAAUACCAUUUCGUGA